AUGGUGAAAAAAAUUUCUGAAAAACGCUCCGGGAAGAAGAAACCUCCAAAAAUGGCCGCCGAAAAACAACUCGAACUUCUCCGGACUGAAGCUGAUAAUAAAUGGCAUAAAGAACAAGAAGCCUUGCUGGCGAAGGAUAGGUCGGAUCUCAAACAGUACAACCAACGACGAGCCGGUUUGAUCGAAUCUGACACGUUUUUUCGAAAGCUGGAAAAAACGGCACAAGAGUUGAACCGCCAAAUACAACAUAAAACUGAAUGGGAACAGUAUUUAUCCUGUGAAAAUAAACCCAACUCAGCGAAUGCUGCCGAUUUACGUGAUUUUCUGUAUCGGUGGAAUUUCGAAACGGAGAAAGAUGCACAAAAUUCGACCAGCUGGACGUUGAACGUCAGCGAACGGAGCGUGCUGACACAGGAUGAGCAGGAGCCGGUAAAAACCAGGAAGGUUCUCGAAACCGAAAACGAUAACUUGAUCUAUAAGCAGCAUCUUGAUAAGAUUAAGCAGGCGCUUAAGGUGUUAGCACUGACGGAAAAUUCAACUCAAAAGGAGGUGCUUUUAGUAAGAGAUGAAAUAAGACAGAAGAUUUUGGACACGCUGGGUGGUAUAACAAUGGAAAUUGGGAGAAACAUUUGGCGUGACAUGAAGCCACUUGAUUCCAUAUCGGCGGAGUUUUCGAUCGCAUCCGACAUUCUUCAGUUCUACAUUUGGAGUUUCCGUGAUGUUCCAUUACCAUCGGAAUACAAUUAUUUGAUUAAAUCACUUCCAAUGAAGACUCUGAAUGUGAAGCUUUCAAAACCAGUUUCAAUGGACCUAAAAGACUCGCUUGUGCGAGGAUACUGGACAUGGUUCGAUCACUAUUCGGAUCAGGAUAGGAAUUUUCGUUGUGGUACGCAGGAAGCAGUACCGGAUCUGGUUAUUAGUCAAGAGAUCGAAUGGGCUGAAAGAAACGCGUUGCGAAUGCAGAAACUUCAGUCAAUGAAAUCUGCUAGAGCAAAGUACGAAGAGGAUAAAGCAAAACAGGAACUCGAACAACAGGAAAAUGCUAAGAGUGCUGGGAAGAACGUUAAAAAAGAGACGAAGAAAACGAAGAAAGGUAAACAGAAGAAUGAUGCUCCCAAUGUUUUGCCCGAUAUCCCACCACCCAUUGUAACCGAAAGCACAACGGUUAACAUAGAAAAUGAAUAUAUUGGACAGGAAAUGGCACAGUAUAAUAUUAAAAUGAAGGAAAUAGGACCGGAGGCCUUGAAUCUCAGCGAGGGUAUGGUGAAUCUUAGACAGUACAGAAUCACCGGUGGCAUUUAUACUUUUGACUGGUUUUGCAAGCUUCCACAGACGGUAGAGCUAAGAUGUGAUUUUAUUUACGCAUCUAUACCUACAGAUAUCAAACUAACCGAGUUACCGUUUGUUGGCGAAUCCGAUGAGGAGCUAAUCAAAAUUGAAUUCAAAUUAGCUGAGUGCUGCUUCUGGUGGCAUGAACCCAUUGUUUGUAGUUGGGAACCAUGGGAAGAAAGUCAAGAAUUUCAAUCUCUAGAUGAAAAGUUGAAAGACUUCCAUUUGAACUAUGACAAGACAAUGGAAGAAAAAGCGAAGCUUUUACUGAGUGCUCCGAAACCUAUAAAGAAUUUGUUAAAACCAACGAUUGUACCGGAUUUCGAUUUGAACGAUAUUCCGACGGAUAUUAAACUACAUUUUCUCAUCAUGGAUCAUAUUUUACCACGACUUCCGCAAAAUUUCAAGUUUCACGCUGAACUACAGAACCUUUUCCAAACUUUAGUGUCCAAACUUCACCACGACCAGCGAGUGGGAAUCGAAGAGUUGCUCAAUGAGCUGCUAUAUCCAAAAUUUCUGGCAAUGCAAGCUUCCAACAAAGAUCCUCUAGAAACCACCGAUGAAAUGUUACGUCUUCCAAGUCUAUCGGAUGUACCGGAAGGAAAGAAAAGUGUUGCCAGUUUUGACGGACCUCUAAUCGAUACAAAUGUUACAACUCCAGCCCAAUCGCUAUUACAGGAGCUAAACCAGGAUGUCCCUUCUUAUCUGUUUCCGCCUGUUAACAAAAUUCCUCUUCUAGUCAUUACCGAAAAAACUAAUCCACAAAUUAAUGAGCAGGAAAUUGACGAGAUCGUUUUGGAGCUGCAGGAGGUUGUAGCCUCGGAUGAUGAAUUUGGUGCCGAGUCCGUGUGUAAGAUGUUUUCAACUUUUCUCAAACUAUUGGAUCGUCUAAGAGAACAGGAACAGCCACAAUUCGCAGAAGUUGUAACACCAGAGGAAACAGAGAUGGAACAGUCUCGAAAAGUCAGCAGAGCUUCGAAAGAUUUAUCCCAUCGGCAUUGGUUGAAUCCUAGACAGCCAAUAAGAAGGAUGUCAUCGUUUUUGAUGCCCGAGCGUCCACGGCAACGUUUAUCACGAGGUUCCACCGUAGAGGGAAAAAAGAAACGUAAACAUAAAACAUCGGCCGUAAUGAGUGCUUCAGAUGUGUCUACUGAUGACGAACGUGAGUCGGCUCCGCUAGUACGAGAUUCAAGAGAAGAGCUGCAGUUAUUAGAUCAUCCCAAGGGAAGUUGGACGACAAAGCUUGUUCGCAAACAAGAAUUUGACCCGGCAGCAAAGAAGAUUACCAUUUGGGUGAAGCAACUGGGCACAUUUGGUUUUGCAAUGGAAAAAUACUACAAUUUGCCCUUUAAGCAGUGGGAUCUAAGACGAUACGGAAAAAUGGCGGAUUUGACAACCAUUUUAACCCUUGAAUGCGUAAGUCUCACUGUAGAAAUUAGAGUAACCAAAUCAGGUUACCGAGUAGCGUUCCAUGAUGCACCUAAACAGGAUAUUAGCGUACCCGUCAAUGAAGUUACAUUAGAUGAGUUAAAACAAUAUCUGGCCCAAGCUAACGUUACUAUAUUUCCUGAACCGGAUGCCCCCUUCUAUGUGCGCAAAAUGACCAGUGCAAAGCACCAAUCGAUGGAAAUUCAUAACCUCAAAGCGAUGGCAGCCUUUUGCUUGACACAUAAUUUUCGAAGCAGUUUUUGGAAUCGGUACUGUUCAGCCAGAGAAGCUCUGAUCGAAUAUCGUCAACCGAUUGAAGGGCGCAAGAAGCCACAAUUUACCACUGUGAUGAUGAGUCCUCAGGCAGUGUCAUCGGUGACCGUGAAGGAGUUAUGUUCUCCGUUGGAUCUUGUGUUAUUGGAAUACUGUCCGACGCCGGCAAAUCAAUCGUACAAUCCGGACGUUUACCACUUAUUGAAGGACACCCUGGAGGAACCGUCGCGCAAGUUGUUGCUGGAAACUCCACCGAUGCUGCAGUGGAACGUGGCCCAGUUACUGCUCCAGCUACGUUUGCUUAGCUAUUCCUGA